AUGUAUCAAAUUGCUUCCCCCAAUGAGUACCUCGCCAUCACUGGCGCAAAGAUUGCGACUGUCAAAAUAUGCAAGAGUGCUUUUGUUUGGCCCUUCCAAAAGGUCCGAAGAUUCAACAUUCAACCUCGCGACUAUGAGCUGUCACUUCAGGCGAUGACAAAGGAGAAACUUCAGUUGGCAAUUCCUGUAGUAUUCACCAUCGGUCCCGAUGUCAACCGCAGAGGCGAUAAUUCUCGUACUGCUGAUUCUAACCAUGAGAGCGCCGCAGAGGAUGGCGACGACGCCCUUUUGAAGUUCGCAAUGCUGUUGGCUGAAGGCGAAAGCAAUGACGGUGAUGCAGGCGCACAUCUUAGAAAGAUUGUCGUCGGUAUCAUCGAAGGUGAAACCCGUGUUCUCGUCAGCUCCAUGUCGAUGGAGAAGAUUUUCACAGAGAGAGAAGCAUUCAAGAAGGACAUCUUCAAGAACAUUCAAUCUGAGUUGGGACAAUUUGGCCUUAGAAUCUAUAACGCCAACGUGAAAGAACUCAAAGAUGCUCCAGGCUCCAACUACUUUGCCUCUCUCAGCAAGAAAGCCCACGAGGGUGCUAUUAAUCAAGCCCGUAUCGAUGUAGCAGAGGCUCAACGAUUGGGUACUGUUGGAGAGGCUCAGCGUCGGGCAGAACAAGACCGAGAACUCGCCAAGGUUCAAGCCGAGACCGCAGUUCAAAAGACAGAACGUGAUAGUGAGAAGGCUCGCGCUGAGGCCACACUUGCGACCCGCAAAACUGUUUACAGCCGUGAUGUUAAUGUUGCUCAAAUCGAGGCUACACGUGCUACCGAAGUCCGCGACGAGGAACUCCGCCGAGACGUCGAAGUCAAACGUGCUUUCACCGAGCUUGAACGUCUCCGUGCUAGUGAUGUUGUCAAGGCGACGAUUGCCCGUGAAGCUAAGCAACAAGCUGCUGAUGCUAAGAACUACGAAGAGCAAGCCCGCUCAAAUGCCGAAUACUAUAGCCAGCAGAAGAUAGCCGAAGCAAAGGCAAACGCUGAACAAAGAGCUGCUGAUGCUAAGAUGUAUAGUGAGAAACAAGCCGCACUUGCAAAGGCCAAUACUGAGCAGAAGAGUGCCGAUGCCAAAGUCUACAGUGAACAGAAGGCGGCUGAUGCCAAGGCAUAUAAAGAGAAGGCCCGCGCAGAGUUUGAGCUUUACAGCGAGCAGAAAGCUGCCGAAGCAAAGGCCUACAGAAUCAAAUUGGAAGCUGAAGCUAAUUUCAUCGCCGAGUCCAGAGCAGCCGAAGCAGCCCUCUUGAGACAGCAAAAGGAGGCAGCUGGUAUGAGUGCUAUGGCCGUCGCAUACGCAGAUAUGAGCAAGGCUAUGGGUGGUCCACAAGGACUCAUGCAAUACCUCAUGAUCGAGCGUGGUACUUACCAAGACCUUGCCAAAGCCAACGCCGAGGCCGUUCGUGGUUUGAACCCCAAGAUGACGAUCUGGAAUACAGGUGCACAGGCUGGUGGCAAUGGUGAAGGCAGCUCUGCUGAAGCUCAGGGAAUCGGUAUGGGUGGUAUGGAUAGCAUUCGUAAUAUGUAUCAGAUGCUUCCACCACUCAUGUCCACUAUUCAUGAGCAGACUGGGAUGACUUUGCCAGAGUGGCAAUAUGGACGUUUGGGUCCUGUACCUAGAGAGACUCAGGAGGUUGCCAAGGUUAAUGGUAAGACCAAUGGCGCUAAUGGGCAUUGA